ACCGUGCAAACUAAAUUCCCAGUGUCCUAUCUUCCCCCUCUCUAAUACUGAACUCGAUCUUUGAUGUACGUACGCGGUCCGGAUCUGGUCAAAGCUAGUUGCACACCGUCAACGAUGUGACUUUCUAAUUCAACUUCAAGCAAUAAUUUUCUUCACGUCAAGUCGUAGUCUACAUGUUGAAUGUAUCUUACAGUGUAGUCACAAUGUCCUGUUGCAAAAAGAAAUUCAAGCCUUCAACCAAGUAUGUUCCUGUAACAGUUGCUUACAUCGUGCUGAUAUGUACUACAACUCUUUUCUUCGCAUUUCCAUUGCCUGAGUUGGUCACCACAAUUCACCCAGCUAUUGCUGUUUACUCAGCUCUUCUGUUCUCUGUGGUUUUCCUCAAUUUUUUACUGGCUACAUUCGUUGACCCUGGAGUUUUCCCUAAAGCAAAAGGGGAUGAAGAUGGAGAUGAGGAUUUUCGUGCGCCACUUUAUAAAACAGCUGAGAUACAGGGAAUUCAGGUGCGAAUGAAAUGGUGUGCAACCUGUCGUUUCUAUCGCCCUCCAAGGAGUUCUCAUUGUAGUGUGUGUAAUCAUUGUAUUGAGAAAUUUGAUCAUCACUGUCCUUGGGUCAACAAUUGUAUUGGAAAACGCAACUAUCGCUUCUUCUUCAUCUUCCUGCUUUCCUUGACGGCUCAUAUGGUGUCGGUGUUUGCCCUCACUUUAAGAUUUGUACUGUCUGAAAAGGAAAACCUUGGACACGUUAAACCAAUAAUAUCCCUUGUGAUUCUUGGUAUUACUGUACUGGCUGCUUUUCCCGUAUUUAUUUUAGUCAUCUUCCACAUAUCACUGGUGUGCAGAGGGAGGACUACCAAUGAGCAGGUCACAGGAAAGUUUCGCAGUGGGCACAAUCCAUUUGAUCAUGGUUGCGGUUUGAAUUGCAUUAGUGUGUUCUGUACUCCCACGUUACCAAGGUACAUUGGCUACAAAGGAUUUUCAGUGACUUUGGCUUCCAUGUACUUGCCUUCUCAUCAGACUGAAAACAGUGUUGCACACAGUCACGUUCAGUUAGACAUCGAUGAAACAGUAAGACCCAACAUUAACAGCAAUUAUAAACUGACAUCACAGCCUUUUGGAAUUAAACAACCGCCAGUCAACCACCGGGCUCAAUAUGCAGUAGAUAUUCACAGUUUGAGCAAUGAAAGUCAAGGAGAUGAUUGUGAGGCAGACCCACCUCCUCUCCCAUGCAGCAAUUCAAAGGUAAAUUUUUUCCGUUACAACAAAAACAGCUCAAAGGAUUCAAAAAGUGUGAGCACCAGCUCCCAUGGAUUCACUUCGCCGGUAGUAACUCAAUCUAUAAGUGAACCAAGAAGUCAGAACUACAGAGAAAGAAAUUCAGCAGAGGCAGUUCGACAUGGGAAUGGAAUACCAAGCUCACAUGAACUAGAUAUUUUCGAAAGUCAAGAGCCUGUACAUGUUAAUAAACAACCUAUUGUUAAUGGUACCCAUUUCCAUGGGUCAUAUGAUGCACCAAGAAAACGUCGACCAAUCUCAUUUGUAACAGCUUUACAGAUGAGUGAAGAGCUAGAUGUGAGAAAAAAGCAGCAACUAGGUCACAUGUAUAAUAAUGAUAGUUGUAACAAAAAAAGUGGAACAGAGAGUAAUAGCAGUGUUUCUAAAAAUCAUACUCAAACCAAUUUGGAAAUAAAUACUGAUGAAUUGUCUUCUUCGGUUAAUAAAUAUGAAAUAUCAGUGUAAUUUAUUUUAUAAACACUCAAGUAAACCGCAAAAGGGAAACUGAUUAGGUAUGUAUUUAGUAAUUACAAAGUUGGAAAAGAAUUUGUCUGGAGGAGGUUGAAAUCCUGUCACCUUGGAAUACUGUACCAGUUAUAUACUGACUGGCCAAAUGAGCUAUCCAACCCUGUGUUGGAAGUUCCCCGGUUGCCAGUCUUACUUUUCAUGCCGAAAGUCUUAAUGGUGUCAACAAUAACAGUCCUGCAAAGGUCAGAAUUUGCAAACAGGGAUCACUCAGAGAAGGACACAGCCUUUAAUUACACAUUUUCAAAUAAGUCACAAAAGGACAACUGAAUAGCUGCAAACCUCACUCCAGUCAAUUCUUUAAUGCAAUUUACCCAGUUACAAUUGUUUUAAUAAAUUAUUAUAUAACUGGCAUACAGAUCCUUGUCAUUUGAUUGGUGUAACUCACAUCACGUGACAUUCGUUAUUGCUCCCAUUCACAC